AUGGAUGGUGAUUUUGAUGAUGAAGAGGUUGUAAAAAGAAUGUGUGUUGGUGCUGCAUUUUCAGUCAUGGUAAUAAUUUUUACAUUUUUGGGGAGCAUCAAACGUCCCCGUAGAUCAAUACGGUCUGGUCCAAGUGAGGAGAACUUAAGGAGGGAAAAGACUAGGGCUGAUUUGAUGAGACGAAUAUUUCACGGUUAUAGUGAUAGCUGUCAAAACUUUGUUAGAAUGCGCUCGGCUGCAUUUAUGAAACUAGCAUCGUUAAUGAGGAAACUCGAUCUCUUAAAGGACUCAAGGAAUGUAACAGUUGAGAAGCAACUUGCCAUAACUUUAAAUAUUUUGGGACAUAAGUCUAAAAAUCGGACGAUGAGAACACAGUUCAUAAGAUCAGGGGAUACAGUCAAAAAAUAUUACUUGUGUGAUGCGGGCUACACAACCCAGCCGGGUUUCAUAUCCCCGUAUCGUGGUGUUCGUUAUCAUCUAAAGGAAUUUACGGGGAGAACACCUCAAAAUAGGAGGGAGCUAUUCAAUCUUAGACAUUCAUCUUUGAGGUCAAAGAUUGAAGCUACCUUCGGUAUAUUGAAGAACCGUUUCAAGAUUCUCACAUCAAAACCCCAUUACCCUUUCCCCGCACAAGUUGAUAUCGUUCUGGCGUGCACGGUUCUCCAUAACUACAUUGCAACAGUUGACCCAGAGGAUGAAUUGCUCAAUGAGACCACUGACAUUGAAGAGGAGGACGGCGAAGAGGAAAUCAAUGAAGAAAGCAACGUUAUGGAUUUCACGCAGUCCCAGACAGUAAGAGAACAGAACGCCUCAAAGGAUGAGUGGAGGUCUCGUAGAGAUCAAAUCGCAUUGGACAUGUGGAUUGAUUAUUGUAGUAAAUAUCGGCAUGGUGACACUCACGAGUCUGCCUUGUGA